GAAUUAUUUCAACGGAGCAAGGAACACGUUUAAAUGAUGGCCUUCGCAUCUUCUUACUCUACCCCUGCGCCCUGACCGCUUCAUAUCUUCACCACCCAACUCUGAAACUCACCGGAGAUACAAACGGCGAAGUUGAAGUUUAAGGAUGGAGGGCUUAGUUUCUCCGAGAACCGCAUCGCUGAAUCUCAAACCCAAACCCAAGCCCGAUCACUUCCCAUCCUCAAUCGUACGUUCCGUUCCAAUGGACCAGCAUAGACGCCACGCCGUCGCCGCCUCCAUUCGAGCUCAACAGCCUGAGAGCAAGGAUGGGUCAGCUGUAAUUACUCCUGUGAAGGAGGAUACUGAAAUUGCUCUUAAAGUGAAAGAGUGGGAAGUCGGGAUGUUCCAAAAUGAAAUAGCUGCUAGCCAAGGUAUAAGAAUAAGGAGAAGGGCUCCCACUGGGCCUCCUUUGGAAUAUGCAGGACCCUUUGAGUUACGGAUUCAGAAUGAGAGCAAUACUCCUCAGAACAUUUUAGAGGAAAUUGUAUGGCACAAGGAUGUUGAGGUUUCACAAUUAAAAGAGAGAAGGCCACUUGAUAUGCUGAAGAAAGCCCUUCAGAAUGCUCCACCUGCUAGAGAUUUCAUUGGAGCUCUUAGAGCUGCCCAUCUACGAACUGGACUGCCUGGUUUGAUUGCCGAAGUAAAGAAGGCUUCUCCCAGCAGGGGAAUCAUCAGAGAGGAUUUUGAUCCGGUUGAAAUUGCCCAAGCCUAUGAGAAAGGUGGAGCAGCAUGCCUCAGUGUUUUGACAGAUGAAAAGUAUUUUAAGGGUAGCUUUGACAAUUUGGAGGCAAUAAGGAGGGCUGGAGUAAAGUGCCCUCUACUGUGCAAAGAAUUCAUAAUAGAUGUAUGGCAGAUUUACUAUGCCCGAAUGAAAGGUGCGGAUGCAGUUCUUUUGAUUGCUGCUGUUUUACCUGAUCUUGACAUCAGAUACAUGAUUAAGGUCUGCAAGAUGCUUGGUUUAGCAGCACUUGUCGAGGUUCAUGAUGAGAAAGAAAUGGAUCGUGUUCUUGGAAUGGAGGGGAUUGAGCUUAUUGGUAUCAACAAUCGUAACCUUGAAACAUUUAAGGUUGAUAUUAAUAACACAAAAAUGCUUCUUCAAGGAGAGCAUGGCCAAAGGAUCCGUCAAAAAGACAUUAUUGUAGUUGGUGAAUCUGGGCUAUUUACUCCUGAUCAAAUUGCAUUCGUACAAGAAGCUGGUGUCAAAGCUGUUUUGGUCGGGGAGUCAAUUGUGAAACAAAAUGACCCCACUGAAGGAAUAGCUGGACUAUUUGGUAAAGACAUUUCUUCAUGAGCUCAUAUUAGAAUGCUUAUACAGCAAUAUACUGCACUUUUUCCGGCUGCCCAUGCUGGAUUAGUUUUAUCUGGCCGCCCAUGCUGGAUUCGUUUUAUCUGGCUGCCCAUUUCUUCUUUUAAGUUUUUGUACUUUCCAGUUUAACAGAUAUGUACUGUAUUCGUGAAUUAUGAAGCAAUAAUUGGUCUCUCUCUCUGAGAGCCAGAUGCAAAACAGAGUAUUGCGAAUAAUCCAACUGUGGAACUAUUUAAUUUUAAUAUAACCGUCAUUCAUAA